CGCAGGUUUAUUGACUGUUUUUGAUAUCACACUUUGUUUUACAUGAUCCACUUAUCAGUAAAUACGCAACAAUUGAAGCUGAAGGUGUGUGGUGCGAGUUCAGGAAUGGCUGGGCUUUUAUUUUGAAAGGGACACAUAUAGUACAUCUCGCGUCUAUCUUCAACUUAACACUGUUCCACGUUUUCCAGGAAGUAAAGAAAUGUCUAAAGAGAAAAAUUCACAACUUCACUAGCUAAAUGAGCUGACAAACACACACACAUUCUCUCUUUACACUCACGGUUCCUGUUUCUCGUGACCAGAAUUAUCAAGAGACAUUACCGGAAACGACAAUUUACAGUCUUGUCGGGAAUUUUAAGAAUGGCAGAGAAGGUGCUGGUCACAGGUGGAGCAGGCUACAUUGGGAGUCACUGUGUGGUGGAGCUCAUCGAAGCAGGCUAUGAGCCAGUUGUAGUAGAUAACUUCAGUAACGCUGUAAGAGGUGUGGGUGGAGGACAAGGAGAUGUACCAGAGAGCAUACGUAGGAUAGAGAAACUUCUGGACACCAGCAUUGAGUUUCAUGACCUAGACCUUCUGGACCGACCUGGCUUGGAAAAACUCUUCAAAAAGCAUUCUUUCAGUGCUGUGAUGCACUUUGCUGGUCUGAAGGCUGUUGGAGAGUCAGUGGAGCAGCCGUUACGGUACUACAGGGUCAACCUCACCGGCUCCAUCAAUCUACUUGAGGUGAUGCAGGCUCACAGAGUGCACAAUCUGGUCUUCAGCAGCUCAGCCACUGUGUAUGGAGACCCUCAACAUCUGCCCAUCGAUGAGCAGCACCCCGUGGGCGGCUGCACCAAUCCCUAUGGCAAGACCAAGUACUUCAUUGAGGAGAUGAUCAAGGACCACUGUAAGGCAGAGAAGGACUGGAAUGCAGUGCUGCUGCGUUAUUUUAACCCUAUUGGAGCUCAUUCAUCUGGCCUGAUCGGAGAAGACCCUCAGGGUAUCCCCAACAACCUGCUGCCAUAUGUAGCCCAGGUGGCCAUUGGGAGAAGAAAGUGCCUCAGUGUAUUUGGGAAUGACUAUGACACCACUGAUGGAACAGGUGUGAGAGAUUAUAUUCACGUUGUAGAUCUGGCAAAGGGGCACAUAGCAGCUCUGAAGAAGCUGAAGAAUAGCUGCGGGUGCAAGGUUUACAACCUAGGAACAGGACAAGGCUACUCUGUGUUCCAGAUGGUAAAAGCUGUGGAAAAGGCGUCAGGGAGAGAGAUCUCAUACAAGAUCGCCCCACGCAGAGAAGGAGACAUAGCAUCCUGCUACGCUGACCCUCGUCUAGCUGAGAAGGAGCUGGGGUGGAAGGCUGAAUUUGACCUGGAAAGAAUGUGUGAGGAUCUGUGGCGCUGGCAGUCCAUGAACCCCACUGGUUUCUCCAACAACACAGACUCGUGAUUCAAGCACAGGUGGUUGCUGUUGAAUAUUCUUCUAAAACACCGGGCCAAAGCAAACCAUCAGCUUCCUCAUUUAUGCAUAUCACAUUGACACAUAAGAAGAUCUGAAGGAGAGACGACUGCUUUAAGUUUUGUCAUGUUUCAUUUUCCAUGUCUUCUGUAUUAAUCUUAUUUUUUCAAAUAAUUCCAUACAAAUGUUUCUGUGUUGUAGUUUUGUAGGGUUUAACAAUGGAUAUUUUCUCUAUUAAUGUGUUAAUUUGUGAGUGAUAACAGUAGAGGAAUAAAUUAAUUUUCUACC